AUGUCUAUGUGCGCUGUUCCUGAUGUGUGUGCUACUAAUGUGAAGCGAAUAUCUUUUUCCACCCACGCUUUUACAACCCCCUUAGGUUUCCCUGAGCUCCCUAUUGGUAUAACCCCCCCCCCCCCCCCUCUUAGCGCGGUGCUUCGCCUGAAAAGGGAAAAAAAAAGGUGCUGCCCGCCUGUUCACCGGUGCUGGGCUGAUUUCUCGUUCGCGCGAUGGCCGCCGUCGCGACGCCGGUCCUGCGGGGCAGGGGCAAACGCACCCUGCGCAAGUACCUCGAGGGCGUCCCCACCCCCACCACGCUGA